CGCUGUCCGCCGGCUCCGGGUUCCCUUGUGUGGCGCGGCCCUUAAGUUCUGGCUGUGGCGCGCGGGCGGAAGGUUUAAGCGGACGGACCGAGGCUGGCGCUGAGCUCCGGGUCCAGACUACUUGAGUGAACCAACCUUCAGAAACAUUCCAUUCUUUCGUUUAUCCCAGUGCUUACAACCUGAGUACAAAAUUGGAUUGCCACAAGUUGGCCACGGCUGAGGAAGUGCACUUGGGACCCGACACAAAUGCGCCAGUCAGGAGAAAGAGCCAGCUUCUCAGGUGUCUUCAGAGAAGGCCAGACUGACAGCUGUGGUCACCCAUUGCAGUACUAACAGCAGAGUUCAUGGGCUGGAAGUGCUUGUUGAUACCUGAUCCGAGUAAACCAUUUCCCAUUCUCUUAAGAGCAUUUCUCUGGUUGUAGCUGGCUCUCUGUUCCUAGAGGGAGUGCUAGAAUUAUUCCAUCAUGCCCACUGUGGUGGUAAUGGAUGUAUCCCUUUCCAUGACCCGACCUGUGUCUGUCGAGGGCUCUGAGGAAUACCAGCGGAAGCACCUGGCUGCCCACGGCUUGACAAUGCUGUUUGAACACAUGGCCACAAACUACAAGCUUGAAUUUACAGCACUCGUGGUUUUUUCAUCACUCUGGGAACUGAUGGUCCCCUUCACAAGAGAUUACAACACCCUACAGGAAGCACUGAGUAACAUGGAUGAUUAUGACAAAACCUGCUUGGAGUCUGCCUUAGUUGGUACAGAUGUACAGAAGAUCUUAAGAAAUGCAAGGAAGCUCCCUGAAAAAACACAGACAUUCUAUAAGGAGCUGAACAGGUUACGAAAAGCUGCCUUAGCCUUUGGUUUCCUGGACCUGCUCAAAGGGGUGGCCGACAUGCUGGAGAGGGAGUGCACCCUGCUGCCUGACACAGCCCACCCAGAUGCAGCAUUCCAGCUCACCCACGCUGCCCAGCAGCUCAAGCUGGCCAGCACCGGCACCUCUGAGUAUGCUGCCUAUGACCACAACAUCACACCCCUGCAUACAGACUUCUCAGGGAGCAGCACGGAACGACUGUGACGCUGACCUCUGGAGCUUUCCUUCUCUGUUCAUUUUGUCUGAAAAUGACAGAGUUCAAACCUUCCCAGCUCAUUCAGCUCCAAAUAGCCACCCACCGACCUUGAGCUGUCUCAGAAGCAGCGCUCCAAAUGGAAUGCCUCUACUGCAGUCUGAGAAAGGUCCGAAGGCUGCUUGUCCAGGGCUUUAACAUCAGCUGUAUGGGGCUCAGUCUUUAAGUCCAAAACAGCUUCUGUUCCAUGUUGAGCACAGCUCCUGAGAAGCUUGGACAGUGAGGACGGAGCUGCUGCAGCCCUCAGGAAGCCUGCCCAGCAAGGGCCUUCCCGAAUCCAGAAAGCAACUUUUUUACAGGUUUAUGUCUCAAUUAUAAGGACAUUCUUAAACUACUGUGCUUAGAAUGAGCAAUCCAGACAUCCAGAACUUGCCUAAGUACAAACUUGAUGCCACUGGGUUUCAGAUUUUUUUAGAACUUGUUAAAAUACAGUGGCCAUGCUCAGGUGUUUCUGGUGUAUCUCAAGGUACAAAUUUUUAGACAGUAACCACACAUGUGUAAAAUCACUCCUGUUCGUGUUUUUAAAUGAAAAUUAAAUAUCUGAUUUUCUAUAAAAUGAUUUCAUCUAGAAA